AUGUAAAUUCUCAUAAUUUCGUUAUUUGUCUCCGAAAAGAGAGAAUAAUUUUGUCGCAAAAUCGUAUUAGCAACGAAACUAUUUUGUGGCAAAAUCCUGUUUAAUAGUUUUUAACCUAGCCCAUCCCUCCUGGCCUGGGAUCUCUCCCUUCUGCUUCUCUCUCUGCUCCACCACUGCCGGCACGGUCAUACUCCAGGACGCCGUUGUCGACCGAGUCGCCGUCGCCAUUGUCUACCUGUUGGAGUAGCCCUCCGGUCGACGCCUCUCUCUUACCCUCCCUCCGCGACGCCGCCGGAGAAGCGAAGCGAGCUCUUCAUCCUUUGGAUUUUAACCAAACAAAGAAUAUCUUUUAGUCAUAUUGGAUCAUCAAAGAAUGUUUCAAGCUGAUCCGACGAAAAAGUUAUCUUUUAGGCGCUGCAUUAGUGACGGAGAUCUGGUUAUUGUAUAUGAGAGGCAUGACAACAUGAAGGCUGUCAAAGUGUGUGAAGGUUCUGUGCUCCAGAACCGUUUUGGCUUAUUUAAACAUUCAGACUGGAUUGGGAAGCCCUUUGGGUCCAAAGUGUUGAGCAAUAAGGGUGGAUUUGUUUACGUGCUAGCACCAACGCCUGAACUAUGGACUUUGGUUCUAAGCCACAGGACUCAGAUCCUCUAUAUUGCAGAUAUUAGCUUUGUGAUAUUGUACCUGGAAAUAGUUCCCGGCUGUGUGGUUCUCGAGUCAGGCACUGGAAGCGGAUCAUUAACUACCUCACUUGCAAAGGCUGUAGCUCCCACUGGACAUGUCUAUACAUUUGAUUUUCAUGAACAAAGGGCUAUAUCAGCAAGGGAAGAUUUUGAGAAGACAGGUCUGAGUAGCUUAGUCACUGUGGGGGUUAGAGAUAUUCAAGGCCAGGGCUUUCCUGAUGAACAUUCGGGGUUGGCAGAUUCUGUCUUUCUGGACCUACCCCAACCUUGGCUGGCCAUUCCCUCCGCUAGUAAAAUGCUGAAACAAGAUGGAAUUUUAUGCUCAUUUUCACCAUGCAUUGAGCAAGUACAACGUUCAUCAGAAACUCUUAGGUCAGAUUUUACUGAUAUAAGGACAUAUGAGGUGCUCCUCCGGCCAUAUGAAGUUCGAGAAGUGAAAACGAAUUGUGGUCAGGACAAUGUUAGUGGUUCCUUUGGGCUGCUUCCAUGCAAGAGGCGGCAGCGUUCAAUUGAAGAAAACAAUGCAGAUGAGAUUCCUAGUUCUACAGUAUGGGCGAGGCCAUCAGCUGAGACCAGAGGCCACACUGGCUAUUUGACAUUUGCCAGACUUAAAUGCUUCGGUUGAAGAACAUAGCCAUUUUUACAUCCACAUGUAGGGUCCGAGCUUGAAGUUCCUUUUAGUUCAGGUCAUCGGGAAUACCCUUGUCCUGCUUGUCUGAAAUUUUGAUGUCUUGACACAAUUUUGACCAGUAAUUUUUGGUGUCCAUAAUUUACCAUCAUGUUUUCAGCUUCAAAUUAAUGUAUUUAUCUGAUUCUUGUA